UUAUUAGACAUGGAUUGUAUUUUUGUAUAUUUUUAUGCAUUUUUUGUAUCUUUUAUUUUUUGCAUUUCAAGGUAAAACACAACCUAGGAUACUUUGGAUCAAAGCUUGGACUAUUAUGGAGGAUCAAAGGAGGUUUUUCACCCAUAAGACGAAGCCUAACGGAGGGGAUCUCUUCUGGAAGUCUCAAUCAGAGCCCAAGAGGAGCCCACUGGAGAAAUGCAACCCAAUUUGAAGAAAGAAUAGACGACGACCACCAAACAAGUCCAUGUUGCAAUGCAAAUUGCAUGAAGAGGUUACUUGGCCCACAAGCAACACAACCCCAGAAGAACCAAGGUGGCGGAUCCCACCGCCAUUGGGCCGCCACGGUGGGUCAAAGUUCUAUAAGAUUCUAGAAGCUCCUGCUUCAUCUCAAACUCAAAAAUUCGAGAUCAAGUCGUACAGGGAAGGUUUUAGGUCGACUUAUGGGAGAAAAUACUAGAAAAUCCCCUCUUGUAACUAGUAUAAAUAGGAGCUUUGGCUAGAGGCUUUAAACAACUUAUAUACAGAUCUUACAAUGCCCACACUAGCACUCUGCCCUUGGGGCACCAGUUAGAGAGUUAUAGAGGGGAGAAGAAGCCCUAUUGGAUGUCGACGAGGAGGUCUUCACCAUCGAUGCGAAUCUUUUGUGUGCUUUUAUAUGUUUUUGUCUACAAUAUCAUCAAGGAUGUUAGGAAACUAUUUUCUUGUGAUAUCCCAUUGCCUUGUGUAUGCUUGUUUAGUUGGACACGACUAUACAAGUACACAUGGGAUCAAUGAUUUAUUUUGUAGAUCACCAAUGCUAUAAACCUUAUGUGAUGGCUCAAGAGUCAUACACACAAUUAAGUGUUAUCUUCUCUAUUUUUAAUUAGAUAGUUGAUGGCAUGAAGCAAAAGCACAUAUUAGCUAACUAUGUUCAUCUCGCAUGUGAUGAAAGCUCGGUUUGGAAUGCAUUUGUGGAAGGGUAGGGUAUCAUAAUAGAUGAAGCAUAGAAGUAUUUUAUUGAUGAGAUUGCACACAUGAUUAUAAGCACUACCUAAACAAUAGUUUUAUUACUUUUUUGUUUUGUUUCUUGCUUUAGUAUAUUAAAAUUUCGAUCAAGGGAACCUCAACCCAUCUUGUUUACUUUUCAUUGCAUUGUUAUCUCAAGCAUAAGUUGUUAGUUUUAAGUAGUAACUAUGGAAAGACCUUGUGGAAUAAGAUUCUAGGCAUUUAUAGGAUUUUUAUAAUUGAUGUUUACUACAGAUAAAGCUUUAGGCGCUGUUGUUGGAGAAUUUUUUGUGGUAGUUGAAAUAAGCUAACCUAUUGUGUUUGAUUGUUAUUGUAUAAAAUGAAGAAAAAAAUUAUGCUCUAAUUGGUUUUGUUUUGCAGACUCAAUCUAAGAAAUUCAUUACAAAUUGUACAAGGUCAUGAUACAAAAAAGAAGAGCAUCGCUCUAACAAAAUGAUCAUCAAGGCAUCGAAACCUGAAGCAAGAAGCACCCCUUACGUACCAUGCAUCAAAAUAAGGUUCAAUUGGGACGAUGAAGAUCGAGAAGACAAGAAGCUAUAUAAGAAGAUGUGUGGAGAUAAUCCAAGUGGCAAUGAGAUGAAGCUGGUUUCGAUGCGUCGAGGCAAGAAAACAGUGAAAGAUCAAUUUAGAACCUCUAGCAAAAAUCAAUAAUGAAGAUCCAAAAUAGCUACUGGAAGAUGUUCAAGAUAUCAAGGGUCAUCCGGAAGCCGAUAAAGGAUUACUCAAUGAAAUACACCAAGAAUAUGGAAACAUGAUAGAGUAUGAAGAGGACAAUCGUCUUAAGGAAAUCCCAUUAUGAAGAGGAAGAGUUGCUUGCAACUCAAACUUCAGAAGGAGAAGAAGGUAACUUAUAUGAAGAAGGCUGCAGUAUUGAAGAACUUACACUAAUCCAUACCUUGUUGAAGGUUUUCACACCACUUGAAGAUGUUAAAGGCAUCACACCACUAGAAGGUUUCAACAAUUCCUACGCCUUCUUCAAUCUGCAUCCUCAAUCAAGCCACCUACAAGAGCAUCCUUCACCAUUGGAAACAUUCUAGAGGGAGCAUCCGAGUUUGAUGACCCCCCCCCCCCCCCUCACCUUAUAUUCAAUGUUUAAAACAAUCCUUGGAACCCCAUAGACCUUGAACAUGAGGAAGUAGAGGUGGAAGUUUCACCCAAAAAACCAACCUCAAGUGGAGCAUAAAAAGGAGGAGCCACAAGGGGAGCAACCAACUCCACCUAUCCAUUAAUCAAAGAUGAAUCCUAAAGAACAACCUCAAGAAGAUCCCGGAAAGUGCAUAAAGACCAAAAAAUAUAUAUAUAAAGAUCAGGAGCUUCAAGAGAAGUCAGUAAUCGUAAAUGUUGAUGAUCAGACCAACAUGACAUCCAACCAAGGAAGCAGGCAUGACACCACCAUUAUACAAGAGAUCUUGGGGGAGUUAGAUAACGAAGGAAGAUUAUCUAACUCAAUAGAAGAAACUUCAAGCCACACUCAACUUGAGUUAAACUCAAGUUGAGAAAAAGAAACCGGUGAAGAGUGCAACUUUCAUCUCGGAGAAGAAGUGUCCUUUAAAUCGCCCUAAGCAACGAUACAUAAAGAGCAGGUUGUGUUAAUCCCACCUACUAUAGUCUCCACUUGAGCCUCCAACGAUAAAGGUACAUGAACAACCGUUUGAUAGACGAUGAUGCUCCAAGCAUAGAAGACCCACGAGUUGAAAUUGAUGAUCCCCCUCAUGGCCUCCCUACAUCUUUUCUCAAACUUUAACAAAACCCUAGGAAAACAUAAACUUUGAGAAAGAGGAAGAAAGGGUAGAGAUUAAAGAAUCCAUCAUUUCAAAGGAAACUACUGGUGUAGAAGUUGUGAAUACUGUUCCCGAAGUUGGAAACCGUGAAGAAAACUGCAAAAUCGUGGUCGAGAUACAUCAUAGAAUCGAGCUAGAGCUUUCUCGACUCCUUGAAGUAGAUCCAUUUGCAACAUUUUUAGAGAGUCAUGUGAACGUAGUGUCUUAUCUAACCCAAAUAGGGGAAUAUAUAUGAGUCCCUCCUUGUACUGUUACCUCUAUAAAAUUUACAAAUUAAAGUGUGGGUUAAAAGGUGCAAGGUUGAGACUAAAGUAGCAUUCUCUCCAUGAUUCAUCAUUAACCAACAACCCAACCGCACCCAUCUGCUACCCGCCCAACCCAAAAAUCAUGUGAGUGGAUGAUGGAUCACAAUUUUAGCAACUCAUUAAUGAGCGGAUUAGUCAAUUUGAAACCAAAAUCCACCUACACCCACCCUUACCUCCGCAAAUAAACAAAACUACAAAUAUAGAUUCACAUCAUUGAAUGAAGAAUGAAUCCAUAAUAAUAAGGACUAUAAAAAUUGUAUAACAUACCCAUAAUCAAGAACAAUAAUUUUAUUUGCCUCCUGGAAUUAGGGAUGACAAUUUCGACCUGACCCGAUUUAUCCGACCUGUUUGACCUGUUUUGGAGCAGGUUCGACCCGCCCCAUAGGCGGGGCGGAGCGGGAAUGAGUUUCUCUCAUCGACCCGACCUGCCCUGACCCGCCCCAUUGUCAACCCGUUCUUACCUAAAUGACAUGUAAUCUUAGUAAAAUUACUUAGGAUUUUCCUCUUGUUACAUCAUAUUUUAGGUAUAAUAAAGUUGUAAAUGAGUGAAAAACUCAAAUUCUCCAAUAAUUUAAUUACAUUUUAUCAAAUUUGGGUCGACCUGCCCCGACCCGCGCCCCAUGAUAAAUUACCAGACCCGGACCCGACCUGCCACGGGACGGGUAUGGAUAUCGAGAUACCCGCCCCGGACAUGCACAUCGCCAUUCCUACCUGGAAUCAAGAAAAUAACUAAAAAGUA